AAUAACAAGAAUUAAUAAAAAAUAUGCAAUUCCAAAAUAUAUAUAAAAAUAAUUAAAACAUGGAUAAUACGGAAUUAUUAUUCUUUGAUACAUUUUCACAUGAUAUUUCUGAAGAACUUAAUUUGGAUUUAGUUCAAUUCCCAAAACCUGUUUAUAUAAGUGAAGUUAGAAUUAUUCCAUUAGGUGCUAGAGUACAAGCUGAUUUUCCUGGAGGUGUUCGUCUAGGGGCCACAAAUCCGUCUCAAUUUGAAAUUGAAUUUUUUGUAAAUGAUUUAAGUAAGCCUGGUGCUUCUACAUUUGAAUCUCUUGGAGAAUUGGAAUAUAAACAAAAUAUUCAUAUUCAAUUAGAAUGUGAAAGGAAACAAAUACCAACAGAUGGAUUAGUACUUAGGGGCUGGUAUACUACUAUUACUUUAGCAGUAUAUGGAACAUUAACUAAAUCUUUAAAUAAUCCUCAAGAAGUUGUUAGUUCAGCUGCUGGUUCUGCAACUUGUGUUACUGGAUUAGAAGAAGUGGUAGAAAAUACUACUCAAAUAUCAGAACAACAAUCUGAGUGGUAUUAUGAAAAUCAAGCACAAACAAACUCAAAUGAAACAUGUGUUGCUGCAACACCUCCUCCUCCUAUACAACCAAUUCAAAUAGUAGAAUCAUCCAGAAAUUCAAUCUCAGAUACUGGAAAAACAGAAGUGAUUCAUUGGGAAGAAGAUGCUACAACUAAUACUUUAAAAUCUACAAAACGUCCUUCUUCACCUCCUUCUGAAUCUUUAGUAUCUUUAAGUCCUGAAUCCAUAUCUGCUGAAGAAGAAGAAGGAGAACAAGAUGGUGCUGAUCAUGAAACAGGAGAACCUUUUGAACCUAUAUUAUCUGAUGAAGAUAUAAUGGCAGAUGAUAUACCACCUACUACGGAAUAUGAAUGUGAAAAUAUACAGCUAAAUAAUAUUUAUUCUUUAACACCACCUGAUUUAUUGGAUUUGGAAGAAUCAAUGAAUAUCACUGAAGAAUACCAUAUUAACAAAGAAAUGUUGGAUAAAAUUCAUGAAAUAUUUCAAUCUAUAUCAAAAUCAGUUUUACAUUUUAAUAAUGCCUCAGGUCAGGAAAAAGAGGCAUUUGUUCAUAAUUGCGAAUCGUUAUGUGCAAUACUUACUCCUUUUCAUUUGAAUAAUACAGAUUUUAAUGAUUUGACCAAUAUUGUAAAUGCUGGCUUAGAUAUGGAUCUUGCUCGUGCUCAACCUCAACCAGCUUAUAAAGUUCGUCAUGUUAAAGUUGGUGUACGAUUAGCGGAAACUUUGUGUAAACUUCCACAAGGUCCAGAAAUACUAUUAAAAGUAGAUGCACCUUAUAAAUUAUUAGCAUUAUGCAUGCGCGAAAAUGUAGCACUUCCUGUGAAACUUUCCGCUCUUCGUACACUGGAUGCCGCAUUAAUAAGUCCAAUAAUUGUUAAAGAAUUUCUUAAAUCAAAAAAUAAUUUAUAUAAAAAUGCUUUAAUGAUGUUAGAUACAGCAAAAUUAGCAAGAUUAAAAUAUGCUUUAUGUUCAUUAUUACGGAAAGUACAUACAUAUGAAUUUCUUAGUGAAAUGAAAGAAAUUGAUGAAUUGGCUAUCAUUGAAUUAACAAAUACAUAUAUAUGUUCACCCACAUUAAUGGCUCAACCAAAACGUCAGCUUCCUGCUGGAGCUCAAAUGGAAUUUGAACGAGAAUAUAAUAGAAAUCCUCAAUGUCAUUUAAUAGCAUAUUUUGAGUAUCACAAACUGCUGUAUCAUAUUUUAUUUGCUCUUACUUCUCCAAAAUCGGAUUUAAGUUUAAUUAAAGCUGCUCGACGUUUUCUUUUACGUAUUUCUGAUACUAAAGAAGGUUUAUUGUAUUUAUUAAAAGAACCAGAAAUUACCAAAUUAAUUUUAAAAGCUCUAAAAUGUGAUUUACCUGGAGCAGGAUCAAUUUUAGGUUGGCGAUUGCAAGUUGUACAAUGUUUAUUACAUUUGAAAUAUCAACCUUCAGAUUGGAUAGCUUUAAAAAAACUUCAUUCUUUUUUAAUAUAUUCUAAUGGUUUACAAGCUAUAAUAACAAUACUUCCUAUAGGAGAAUUCAUUGAUAUUUUAAUUCCUUAUCUUUCUGAUCCAAAUCUGUGUGAAUUUUCUGCAGAAAUUAUUUCAGCAACAAUUCGUUAUUCUGAUCGAAUAGAGAUAUUUCAAAACCGUGCUACAAUUAUUUUAGAAAAAUCACGAACUCAAGCAGUUUUAAAAGAUGUUACAUCAUAUUUAAGUACAGCUGCACAGCCAUCUCAUUGGAAUUAUGGAGAUGUUUCUCCACUAGUCACAUGUAUUAGGAAAAAUGCAGAUAAAGCAGCUUAUCUUCCAGGACAGUUAAUUACAGCAUGUAGAAUUUUAUAUUAUCUUGUUUUUCCUUCAAAUAAUGAUAUAGAUCCAAUGGAACCUUAUAUUGAACUAAAAUACAGAAAUGCAUUAACUCAAUUAUUUGCUGCUGAUGGUUUAACAGCUCUUAUUGCAGUUAUGGCAAAUAUUUCUGAAUUCUAUGAACAACCAUUUUUACAUCGUGCAGCCUUAACAGGUAGAAGAGGUUUAGCACUAGUUGCAUUACUCCUUCCAUGUAUAAGAUUAACAAGAGCAUUAUUAGAACGUCUUAUGAAAUGUAUGGCUACAGAUUUUAAAGAUUUAACAGCUGUGAUUCCAUUACUUGGUGUUUAUUCAUUAGUAGAAGCUAUUCCUUCUAUUCAAAUUGUCCAAACUUUGUCUGAAGAAAUAGUAGGAACACUUUUAGUAUUUACACAGGCUGUGGAUUCAGAUGGAUCAGGAAAUGUAGCAAAAUCAUUAUGGACACAAAUGUUAGGUGAAGUUCUCAAAAUGGUUUCUUUAAGUCCAUGUAAUUUUAUACCAGGAUUGAAACUUUUAACGAGACUUUUACCACCAGUUUUAACUUUGAAAGAAACAAUGACUGAAGAUGCUACUCGAAUUUUAGGUGUUAGAAAAUUAUGGUCUGCUCAUUUACAAGCACAAGCUAAUAAUUUAACUGAAACAUUGCGGUUACUUUGCGCCAGUUGGAAUAAAGAUUUACUAAUUCUUCUUUCAAAAGUAUGCAAGCAAUUAAGUGAUUUAGCAGCACCUACAGCAUUACUUGUAGGUAGAUGUUUAUUAGAUGGUAUAAUAGCUGCCACACCAUUAGAAAAUAAUGUUUUAAUUCUUACUUUACUUAGCGAACUUGCAAGACAUGCACCUAUGAAGGCUACUUUAUUAACUUUAACUAGCCCUGCAUCUAGAGCACAGGUUAAAUCUGAUCAAAAAUAUCCACCUGUUAUUGAAAUGAUGUGCACAGCACUUAAAAAUACAAACGAUAUUAGAAUACAAUAUGAAAUUCUUGAUAUCUUUGAAACAUUAUGUGAUUAUACAUUAAGUCUUAUGCAAGAAGACAUUAGUGAACCAUUUGAAAAAAGACUUACACAUUCAGUACCAAGUAAAGAACCACUUUUAUCUAUUUUAACUGUAUUAAUUGAUAUAUUAGCAACUAGUACGAAAUUUGAAGUUGAGAUAUUACAAAGUACACUUCGUAUACUUUUAUCUCUUAUUAAUCAUAAUUAUGGUUUAUAUCAUGUAAAAAGUUGUUUAGAAAAUAAUCCUGAUGCAUUACGAUCAUUAUUAGAUCAUAUUUCGGCUUUAGAAAAGCCAGAAAUUCAACUUAUUGUGGAUUCAACUAUAAUGUUUUUAGAAAAUUUAAUUACAUCUGAAUCACAAGGAAGAUCUUUAUAUCUACGUAUACAACAAUUAUCAGCUUUAAUAUUAUGGGAUAAAAAUGAUCAUCCUUUGGAAAAAAUAAAACGUGCACAAGAAUUAGUUGAAAUCUUAAAAUCUGCAGAAGAUAAAGAAGAAAAAGAACCAAUUCCAGAAAUGUUAGAGCCAUUAUUACCAACUCCUGAAGCUUUGUUGAAUCAAUUUUCUCAACGAUGUUUGGGUACACCAGAUCUUGCUUUUAAACGCCCAAAAAAAUUUACAUUUAUGUGUCCAAAUCAAGCUCCAAAUGAAAAUACAAUAGAUUUAUUAGCACUUGCAGCUGAAUUACUUCCUACUGACUUUAAUUUAUUAUCAGAAGCUCAAAAUUUAUGUUCUAAGAUUCCACCUGAUGAUGCUACUCAACCACUACAAUCAAAAACUCAAACUGAUGAUCAAGAAUCUAGAGAUGUACAAAAACAAGCUAUAUCUCCUGUUUCUAAAAUAAAACAACCAUUUGUUACACCUAUGCGAGGUCGGACACAAUUUACUAAUUCUUUAAGAGGUGGUCCAGUAGUGGGUAGUGUAGGCAGAGGGGCAGAUCCAUUUAGAUCAAGACCACCAAACACUUCGCGACCACCAUCACUUCAUGUAGAUGAUUUCGUAGCAUUAGAAACAUGCGGAGCACAACCAACUGGACCUACAGGAUAUAAUAAAUUGAGUAUUCGUGGAACAUGUCCUUCACGUGCAAUCAACACAGGAACAAGAAGUCGCCCUUGGACACAAGAGACUCGCCCUCCUUAUCUUCGUUAACUUUAUUAAAAUUAUCUUUAUUGUCCAUUAA